ACAUCUUUAAAAUAUAUCAAUUUCAAAUAAAUUGAAUAGAAAAAAUAUUAAUGAGACUGCUGAAAUUGUUGUGUAGUCGCAAAAAGAUUAACCAUAUAAUUUAAGUUACAAAAUCGUCUGUCGUGGAAAAAAUAUUAAUAAAGAAACAUAAUAGUAUCUUUUAUAAUCCCGAUCUACUUCAAGUUACCUUCACUACAAGUGCUUUACAGUCCACUUGUGGAUCAAUUCACUUCGGUUGACGUUUAUACACAAAGUAAAAUAAAUACUGAAUGUUAAGAAAAAAGUAAAUAAAGUCUUCCGAGUAGCACUUAUUUGCAAAAUAUUUGGCAGGCAAACAUAUUUUAAAUGGUGUUAAUGAAUUAACUUGGAUAUAGGCUUUUUAAUACAAAAAUAUGGUGCUGCGCUCGGGCAUAAUAAUCCCUUUUCAAUUUCGUGACAGUAAGAAACUCCUAAUGAUCGGAGUGCCUGAAGAGAAUCGUAAUUUGAACAUCUGGGACUUGAGAAACGUUGUGAGAGCUGCAUUUGGAAUUUACAACUUUGAGUUCCGAAAUAAAAAAAUUGGAUUCAACAUACCGGAUGAACUGCUUUUGCAUUAUUUGGCGCAAUGCCAUGAUCUUACCAAUUUCGUUAUAGAAAUUGGACAAGUUUAUGACCCUUGCAAAGAAAACUUUACUUCAAUAGCGAGUUGUCCAACAUGCCGUUGUUCAAUAGCACAAAAGUCGUCUUUGGAAUUGCAUGAUAAUACAGAUGCUCCCAUUUACCAUACAACAGUUGGCGGUCGUUCUAAUGCCAGCGGAACAAGUUCACAAAAUUCACAAAAUGCUGAUGAAAUCCCCGCAAUGAAAAUUCGCAUGCAACAUUCGAAUAUAGCUGCUAGUGACAUAAGUCAUAUGGAAAUAGAACCGAAAAUUGACUAUGACUCGACCAUUAAUACGACUGGUUCAAAUACUGAAGUAGAUGGCUCUUCAUCUCCGCCAUUAUCGGUGCAUGCAAAAUCUAGUGUGUAUAUUGAUGAAGAACAUCAUCAACAGCAGCAACAAGAACUACACUUGGAACGUUUACAACAUGAAUACGCUUUGCAACAGCAUCAACAACAACAACAUUUCGAGGCUUUGAUGCAAGAAAACACUACUGGAAACAGCUUUAGACAACGCAAAGAACGUAUGUCAAAAAAGCAAAAGGAAAUAUACGUUAACUUUAUGGAGCAAAACCCAGUGAUUAACGAACACCGUCGGAGUGAUCCUAUUUUGGAUCAAUAUUGGGUAAAAUUAGCAGAUAUUCUUAAUUCUGUGCCACAAGGAGCAGUAAAACAUGUAGCAGAGUGGAAACAGACUUUCGAUAACUGGCGCUAUCGUGUGUUUUUGUAUGCUCGGUACAAUUCGAAAAUCACAGGAACCGAUGCCUUAAAUCCAAAAAGCUUCAAGCCCUUCACACAAACGGAUAAGCGUGCUUAUCACUUUUGGAUAAGAAACCCUGACACGGCUCCACCUGAUUUGGACAAAAUGCGGAAUGUGUUCGUAAAUUUAGAGGAGACACAGCAAGAAUAGUUAGUCGGUAGUAAAAUUUAUAUAUAUAUUUUCCAGUAAAAAUGUAUUCUUUUUUUCAUAGAAUUAAUAUAACAUUAAUGUAAGUUAACUGUGUAAUAGUGUAACAGGAAGAUAAUCAUACAAAAGGAAGCGUGUUGACCAUUAAACUUUCUCUUAAAGAAAUGUGGUUUAAUUAUUUUAGUUAAACACACUCACUAUUCCACAUGUUUUUUUUUUUCAUUGCCGAUCAUUUACGGAUUUCUGUAUCCACACAGUUACGUCAUGUCCAGAAACGACAAAUGCGGUGCGUUAAAUGUGGGUAUUUCACAAAUUCAAACAUAAAUUGGCAAAUGUAGAUGUCCAAUGUAAGCACGACUUUGCGAUGAGUGUAUUUCGACGGAGCCGCAUCGCACUCAAUGUUUGAAAUUUAAACUCGUUUGAUUUUGCCCGCAGUAUCGGUCGAAAAAUAUGACAUUUUCAUAGUUACAAUUGAAAUUAUAAUUUCGAAAGUUGAAAGAGAAAAAUGUUGUGGAAUAAAGACAUUAUAGUUUGUUUACUAAAAAAAAUAAAAGACCAUUACACACAGAGUAAUAAUUUUACUGUAGCCUCCAGCAUCAACGCAUAAUCGCGUUGUAAUUGGGAGCUUUGUGUAUUUCACGCACAAUAUUGUGGGACCGAACACAUCGGUAAAUCGUGCCCGUGUCUACGCUGGACGUGGCGUUAGCCUAUAAAAACUGUUUGAAGUAUCAGCGCUCGGUUACAGUAAUAUUUUCUUGAUUUUCGUUUAGUUAUGGUGAUUAUCCGCUUGCUGGAAACGAGGUCUCACUGUAUACAAUUUAGUUGUUAUGAAACGCUCUUUGUACUUUAAAAAGGCAAAAGAAUAAAAUACUUGUUAUAUGUAUAUUAGUGUUUUCGUUGCUUUAUUCAUUUUAGUAUUCACAUUCUCACCUAGUUACAGUAACGAGUUUAUGUAAUAAUCUUUUACUCUGCAACACAACUUGAUAACAUCUCAAUAGUAGUAAUAGUAACUUUUAUAACUAAUCAGGUUGAAUUAUUUAUUUCUUCUUUUUUGUAUGAUUUACCAUGUAUAUAUGCUUUUCUUUACUAUUUACUUUAUUUACAAUCUUAAAUAACAUUUUAUUGUUCAAUAUAAAAUCUUAAAUACCUUCAUGUACCUUCCACAUUUAAUGGCAAUUUCUGGAUUUGAUUGCGUAUAUUUUCUACAUUUUAGCAUCUAAAAGUAAUUACAAUAAAUUAAAAAUUAAUUUAAAAUGGUGCAACCUGAACUCUCACGAACAAUUUAUGUCGGUGUAGUUUAUUUCGUACCUACGGUUAGCAUUUGAGGCACAGCCAUUUAACCUCUACCUAAUAUUUACUUAUUUUCUAAGAUUUCCCAAGUUUCGCAUAAAUGGAACAGUGUACUCAAAAGGUAGGUAUUAAGAAGUGUUUAAACAAAAGGAAAUGCGUAGGAUUUUACGAUUACUAUUGCCUGCCUAUUAACAUAUUAAAGAGCAUGCUCAUUAGUUGAUGUCGAAUGGAAUUGCCUUUCAAAAGCAUAAACUGUAUCCAACCUGUACCCAACAGAGUCAUCUUAAUGAGACAUUUGACAAUAACUUUAACACUUAGCACUAAACUAACCGCAAUAAUAAACUAAAAUUACUAUAUUUACAUCAAUAGCCAUACGCAACCGGCUGCUCCACUGACACAAGAACUUAGACUAAUUUUGAAAACUCAGACAUCACUCGCAUAAGUUUACUUAUGAUAUGAAAAUUUCACAUUACAGAUUUUACAUUUAAAAGUAAAAAAUCAUAACUGAAUAAAAUUUAAAAUCUGUUUAAUUGGUGUUUGGGUCGGGGAUCGGGAAUCCUUAAAACUUGGUUUAAAACUAAUUGAACUUUUUAAGCAUGUCAAACCACUCGAUUUUAUAAAAAAAUAUAUACAGCUUGAUUUGUAGUUUUCUCAGUUUUUUUGUGCGAGUUAUGGCAUAUAACGAACAUACUUAAAACUAUAUAUGUAUUUAGUUUGAUUAAAUAUUAAUCUAUGUAAAUUAAAAUACAAAAUUAAACUAACAACCAAUAUGUUUUGAAUGUUGAGUGUGGAUGUGUAUGAAUCUAUUUUGUUGCCGUGGUUGAUGAUUCGAACCUUAGGAUAAUGGAGGGGCUCCUUUAACUAAACACGAUUGGGAAUUGUUACCUAAGCUAGAUCCGUCUAAGCUGUCCAAAUCGAGCGCUGUAUUUAUCAUGGUUGUAUUAUUUAGCAUACGUAAACGGGUUAGACCAUUCAAAGAGCUAUCACACAUUUUACCAUUGCCAGAUAAAAAACUGGAGUUUACAUUUUCUUGUGCAACAAAUGAUGCACUAACUGGAUCGUCCAAGUCUAAAUCGUCAUUUAAUAAUGACGACGACAACAUAACUCCGGCUGAAUUAAUACUUUUUUGCGUUAAUUGUUUAUGCUGUCUAUUCAUUUGUAGCGUUAAUUCGUGCUGCUUUUGUUCAUCCAUUAAAUUUGAGUACACAUGUAAACUGGCAUUGCUAUCUACAUUUUUAGCACUCACAUUCACAG